UGUCGCUUCUGCUGACCUGGACACAGUUUUUUUUCUGGGGAACGUUUGCUCUCCCCUUGCUAUUUGUGAACUUCCUCAGGGUGGAGAUCACUCGUGCUUUACAGAAAUUAUCUGCUCAGCAGCCAUGCAUCAUUUAUAACAAUCUCUGGCAAAACCUCAGAAAAAGAUACGCUCUUGUCUCAUCGGGCAGAGCCCAGUGAAAACACCCCUCGGGUGGCAGUGGGGCGGCCUGGCGGAGCUUGCUUCUCCGAGGGAGUAUGACCCAGUUCGGAAGGAAGCAAGAGUCCCAAGUCAAACACGGUCACUGGUGAAACCAGAGAGGGGCUCGCUCCUGCAGGAUCGAGGGAAGCAGCUGGACUCCGGCGUCUCCACAGGACUGUGGAUCUCUUCUGUCCGUCUUGGGGAGACGAAAUGGCCCAUGAAGUGGACCUGGAGUCCUUCAAGGAGUUGGAACGGGAGGUCAUUCUCGGGGUCCUCUACCGAGAUCAGGCUGUUCAAAGCAUGGAAGAAGAAAGGGUCCGGAAACUGAAAACACACCUGCAGCAUCUUCGGUGGAAAGGGGCGAAGAGCUCGAGCCGGGAAUACCGGGAGAAGUGCUGUGCGCGCUGCCAGCGGGCCCUGGGCCUGCUGCUGAACCGCGGGGCCGUGUGCCAGGGCUGCAGCUACCGCGUGUGCUCCGAGUGCCGCGUAUUCCUGCGGAGGACUCGCACGUGGAAGUGCACAGUGUGCUUUGAGGACAGAAAUGUGAAAAUCAAAACUGGAGAAUGGUUCUUUGAGGAACGAGCUAGGAAAUUCCCAGCUGAAGGCAGGCACGAGACCGCUGGGGCGAAGCUCCUGCAAUCUUAUCAGAGGCUGAGCAAAAUCUCUGUGGUCCCUCCUACGCCACCACCUCUCAGUGAGAGUCAGAGCCACGGCAGCCCUGGCAGGUUACAGGAACUUGGUCACUUCAGAGGAUUUAACAAGUCCGUGGAGAACUUGUUUCUGUCGGUCACCACCCAGAUGAAAAAGCUCUCCAAGUCCCAGAAUGACAUGACUUCUGAGAAGCAUCUUCUGGCUAUGGAUCCCAGGCAGUGUGUGGUCCACACGGAGAGGCGGAGCCAGUCAGACACAGCCGUCAAUGUCACCUCCAGGAAGGUCAGCUCGCCCGAUAUUCUGAAAGCGUUCCAUCAAGAAGAUCCCAAAGACUCUCCCAGCCCUGUUUUGAAGCAAGACACUCUCCCAUCCAGUCCAACACGUAGCACUGUCUUCUCUGGAGGCCUGAGACAUGGAAGCUUAAUUAGCAUUAACAGCACCUGCACGGAGAUGGGUAAUUUUGACAAUGCUAACGUCACUGGAGAAAUAGAAUUUGCCAUUCAUUACUGCUAUCAAAGCCGUUCUUUAGAAAUACACAUCAAGACCUGUAAGAACCUGGCCUACGGAGAGGAGAAGAAGAGGAAGUGCAACCCGUAUGUCAAGACCUACCUGCUGCCGGACAAGUCCUCCCAGGGAAAACGCAAGACGCAAGUCCAGAAGAACACUCUGGACCCGACUUUCGAGGAAACCUUGAAGUAUCAGGUCGACCUCCCCCAGCUGGUGACCCGGAGGCUGCAGGUCUCUGUGUGGCACCUGGGCACCCUUGCCCGGAGGGUGUUCCUCGGAGAAGUGAUCCUUCCUCUGGCCACAUGGGACUUUGAGGACAGUUCAACACAGAAUGCAAGAUGGUAUCCACUUCGGGCCAAGGCUGAGAAACAUGAAGAUAAUAUUCCUCAGAAUAAUGGAGAACUUGCUGUUCGGGCCAAGCUGGUCCUUCCUGCAGGGCCAAGAAAGCUCCAGGAGGCCCAAGAAGGGACAGGAGGUCAGUUAUCGCUUAAUGGUCAACUUUGUUUGGUUGUGCUGGGAGCCAAGAAUUUACCGGUGCGCUCAGAUGGUACCUUAAACUCAUUUGUUAAGGGCUGUCUCACUCUGCCAGACCAGCAAAAACUGCGUGUGAAGUCCCCAGUACUGAAGAAGCAGGCUUGUCCCCAGUGGAAACACUCCUUCGUGUUCAAUGGUGUCAGCAGCUCCCAGCUGAGGCAGUCCAGCUUGGAGCUGACUGUCUGGGACCAGGCCAUCUUUGGUAUGAAUGACCGCCUGCUUGGGGGAGCCAGGCUUGGUUCAAAAGGAGGUGCUGCGGGUUGUACAGAUUCGUGUUCACAGUCCAAGCUUCAGUGGCAGAAAGUCCUGUCCAGUCCCAACUUAUGGACAGACAUGACCCUCGUCCUGCACUGAGGUUGAGGCCCGAGGUGACUGCCUAACCGCAGAGGUCGACGGGAUGUGAGAUCAUCGCAGAAUCAGACCCACCGGACCACCAGUAGCUGACUGCAGUUCUGGUGUGUGGCUAGAGAACAGAACCAAGACUGCUCCCUACACAGCCAGGGGGAGGUUCCGGACUUGAGUGGAAAUGUCCUAAUUUCAAUAAAUGCUCAACAGCGGCCCACGGCUCCCAGCAUUUAUUAACAACAGAAGUUCUAAGCUUUUGUGUUUCAGAGGAAAAAAAAAAAGUGUGGUGAGUGUUGUUUGCCUUGUCUCCUGUGGAAAGUCUCCCAGUGGAGGAGGAGCCUGGGAAGACAUCUUUCUGGUUAGUACGCUGGCAUGUCCCGAAAAUCCCCCACGCAAGCAGACACAAGGCCUCGGAGAGCUUUUAUUGUGCAUACGUCUGGUGCUGUGACAUCACAACUGAGGAAGACAGGAACUGAAAACAGGUAGGGACAGGCGCUCACAACAAACGGGGCAGAGUCCCUUCAGGGUCCGAGUAUGAAUGCUCUCGGUGUGUAUUUCUUUAAAUAAGAAACUGACAGAAAAUUGAACUGUGCAUUUACAUGCACAAAAAAAAACCCACUAACAUUCUGUACAGAUACGAUUACUGCAGUAGUUAGUUCCCAACUGCCCCAUGUCAGAUCAAGUGUCUCGAUUACAUGGUUCUUAAUAUUUUUAUUCUGUAAAAGGUAACAAAAUAUACAGAACAAAACUUUCCCUUUUUAAAACUAAUGUUACAAACCCAUAUUAUCACUUAUAUAAAUACUAUUCUCUAUAGCAAAUCAUUAGGUAUAUAAGUCCAACAAUGUAUGCUAACAGUAAGCAUGAAAACAGUUUUGUAUCAGAGAGUCCUGUACCGUACACUCUGAAGGACCGCCGUACACUCGGUCAGUGGUGUGCAGGAAGGAAACUGUGCUGGGAGAGUGCUUUAGACUCACACUGCAAAAUCAUUUUCAACCCCCCGCAAAAAAACACAGAUGGAUCCUUCACAGAAAUUAAGAACAUAAUCGAUUUGAGCUCAUUUCAAAACUAGAGAAAGUAUGGCACCCA